GAGCUGCCAAGGAAGUCUGGUAACGGGUGUCUCACUGUUUCUGGUUCUAGUGGUCUCUGCUGUUCUGUUUUAGUUACUCUGGAAACGUGCUGCUGAAAUAUCCUUCAUGGGGUUUAACGUUUGACAGGCCAUUCCCAUUUACCCACGCGUUUUUCCAUUUGCUUUUCUCUUCCACUCUUUCCUGGGUGUUCUUCAUAUUCUUCAAAGUUCAUCUAUUCGGUCCUCGGAAAGAAAAGAAAAUAUUCAGUGCUUUUCCAUGGCUUCGUGUAGCAUAGGAGCUCCAAGCAUUAAAGUUCCAAAACUGAGCUUUGGAAAAGCAAGAGUUGAUAAUUUAAAACUGAAUAAUGUAAGAAUAUGGAUAAGGCAAAGACCACUGCAAUAUACUGCCCUGGUUAGACGCUCAGAAAAGGCAUUCAGCAUUGGUUGUGGUCCAACUUUGCAAACCCAGGCUACUACAAAUUUAGCAGAUGAUUCCGAAGAGAGUAAAAUGUCUGGUUUGAUUAGCCAGCUCAUUCCAAAUUCAUCUGGGGUGGAAUCUCUCGUAAGAGAUAUAUGCGAUACGACUUCAGUUGCAGAGUUUGAACUAAAACUUGGUGGAUUCCGGCUAUAUAUAAUGAGGGACUUAGCUGAAAAAAGCGAACCUCCACCUGCCAUACCAAGUCCCCCUCCUGUCAGUGUUAGCACCAGUAAAACUGUUGAAGCACCUGACUCAAAUGGGUCUGUUUCUACACCUACUUUAGCUAUCACCAAACCACUAUCGUCUUCUGGGAGAAUCCAAUUGUUACUUGAUAAAGCUGCCGAUGAAGGCUUGGUGAUACUUCAGUCUCCAAAGGUCGGUUUUUUCAGGAGAUCUCGAACCAUCAAGGGGAAGCGUGCUCCGCCAUCAUGUAAUGAGAAACAAACAGUGAAGGAGGGCCAAGUGCUUUGCUACAUUGAACAACUAGGUGGUGAAAUUCCAAUUGAGUCUGACGUAUCUGGGGAGGUCACCAAAAUUCUAAGAGAGGAUGGUGAUCCAGUAGGAUAUGGUGACGCACUUAUUGCACUUCUCCCUUCUUUCCCCGGGAUAAAGAAGCUCCAGUAGAUGUUAUGGUUGUGCUUAUAGUUUGAGACAGAUGUAUGCUCUGUGUUAUUAACCAUUAUUACUGGAAUGAAUACACAUGCCUCCGGCAUUGCAGAACAUGAGGCUUCUAUGCAAAUUUAGUGUUGAUGAAAAUUCAUAUUCUUGGAACUGCUUCUUCGAAGUAAUUGGAAAUUGCAACUCGUGAACAUCUUUGAGAAUCUACUUCUGGAUUUUCACUGUAUUUUUUUUUUGGUUUUUUUAAAAAAUUUCGACGGCAGAUAGACUAGUCCAAUCUCCAGGUUGAGGUGCAGUUGUGCAGUUUUUCCACUUAGCUUACAUUUUGGAUAGCACUAACAAGGGGCUGCAGGUUGCAGGUGUUUGAAUCCAAGAUCUCUUAUUUUCGAGACGAACGAAUUAAUCGGUUGAAAUGUUUGAGGUGAACAAAGUAAUCGAUUGAAGCAACCUAUCCUCAACGAAUUUCCACUUUUGAAUUCAUGACAGUGCAGUGGUUGGAUUUUAACUUAGGACUUGUAUUGUUUGUACGUAUGAUAUAUUAUAGGUAAUAAGAAAUUGCUUGCUUUACAGUGAAUACCAUUGCUGGGAAGCAAAAAUGUGUUAUGUGCUUAAAAUGACAUGGUGUGGCCUGUUGGCGCGAUAUUUGUGG